CGGGUAGGGUUGUUAGAUGUGGUGCGCUCUGUGAAAGGGCUUUUACAGGUUUUAGGCUCAACACACAUUCUGUAUUAUUUGCAGUGAAUGAGCAAAGCAACAGUCAUGGAGAAAAGUAUUCUUUUAUGUAACAUUGCAAUUGGUCUAACACUGCUGAUACUUCUGUUCAGUCUCCCAAUGCUGGUUCAGUCCCAUGGCCACAGUCACGACCACCACGGCCACAGCCAUGACCACCAUGGCCACAGCCAUGACCACCACGGCCACAGCCACGACCACUUUGACGACGAGCCACCAUCGUUCAAGUACUCGCGUCAGGCGAAUGUAGCGCCAGACGAGCUGGCAGAGGAGGCACGCCAGGUGCACGAGGAGUUCCAGGCACACCAGGCACGCGUCAGCGGCGGGCGCACCAGCGAGCAGACGGCCUCGCUCUGGCUGACCGCGCUUGGCUCCACCCUGCUGGUCAGUGCCGCGCCAUUCUUCAUCCUCUUCUUGAUCCCGCUGGACAACAGCGAGGCGUCGCAGCCGCUGCUCAAGGUGCUCCUCAGCUUCGCUGCCGGUGGCCUGCUGGGCGACGCUUUCCUUCACCUGAUCCCGCACGCGCUGCUGGCCGUGUCCGGGUCGGCACCGGGCGGUGCCGGCGGGGGCCACGGCCACUCGCACGGAGCCGGGGAGCACGGCCACUCGCACGGCGCCGGCGGUCAUGCGCACGACAUGGGCGUCGGCCUCUGGGUUCUGGCUGGCAUUGUGGCCUUCUUCGUGGUAGAGAAGUUCGUGCGCAUCGUUAAGGGCGGCCACGGUCACAGCCACGGCCCGGCAGACCGGCAGCUGCAUGUUAAACCAUCAGGGGUGGACGAGACGACGGUCAAAGCCAAAGCCGUCGCCGGAGGAUCGAAAGAUAAGGAUGGUGACAGUCCCAAGAGCAAGGGAAGGAGCAAGGCGCAAGACGCUUCGAGUGAUAAAGAGAGUGCAGAGCGCGUAAAAGAUGAUUCGAAGGAGACGAAAAGGCCUGGUAAAGACAAGGCUGAAACAUCAGAAAAGACAAAAGACAAGAAAUCUACAAAGCAACAGAAUGCUGCUUUGGACAAAGCAACUCCUCAUCAAGAUAUUAAGGUUGCGGGCUACUUGAACCUGGCCGCCGACUUCACGCACAACCUGACAGACGGUCUGGCCAUCGGUGCUUCCUACCUGGCCGGACACUCGAUCGGCGUCAUCACCACAAUAACCAUCGUCCUGCACGAGGUGCCGCACGAGAUCGGCGACUUCGCCAUCCUGGUGCAGUCGGGCGUGCCACGGUGGCGCGCCAUUAUGCUGCAGCUGACGACAGCCGUCGGCGCGCUCACGGGGACCGUGAUCUCGCUGCUGGCCGAGGGUGCAGACGCCGCCGCCACGUCCCGUAUCUUGCCGUUCACCGCCGGCGGCUUCAUCUACAUCGCCACCGUGUCCGUGAUACCGGAGCUGCUGGAGAAGACCAACCUCUGGCAGACGGUGAAGGAGCUGCUUGCCCUCCUGGUCGGUAUCUACAUGAUGGUGCUGAUCGCCGAGUACGAGUGAGGCGCGGUGCCCGUCUACUGCCGCCCUCCCUCUCGUCGCGUGCCGGCCGGGCGGCGGCGUGUGUCGAUCAUUCCACCAGCAGCUGCACGCUGAUGGCCGCGCGUAAGGACUGCGGCCGUUUGAAUGACCAGUAGCGAUUGUCCCCACCCGGCUCGGGGGGGGGGGGGGGACACCGCGCCUCCGCGGGAGUCUCGCCGCCGGCGUGAGCGCGAGUUUUUUUUAGACUGCCGGCUGUUGAUCUGCGUCGUUUUGAAGCGUGCGUGCCUCGCGACGGAUUCUGCUUGUUGGAUGCUGUUGGUUGUUGGAUGGCGCUUGUCGAACGAGGGAAGGCGGACAAUGGCGAGGCUGACGUUGCUGACCACCGUGCUGCCAAUGGAUGGUGUAGGUUUUCGAUUGGCGCCGUCUCUUAGUUACUUUGCGCCAUGCCGACGCACCCGUUGUGUGCAGUUAGGAAGAUGGAUUUGGCGAAUGCGCCUCAUUUUCGAAGGAUGCUGCGGAUGCGCAGGGUAAUCGUAGAUCAAACGGGAUUUGAACUUGCUUUUGUCGGUUUGUGGUAUUUUAACCAUUUUGUGCGAACGGUGGGAACUGCUUGUGUGAGAGGUGGGUUGGAUACUUAAUGGAAUGCACAUUGCCGUUGCCGAAAUAAAUAGUUUAUCCUUUGCGGUA